AUGAGGUUUGGACGAAAAGGGAAGCUUAGUCCCAAGUUCAUUGGACUCUAUGAGAUCGUUAAGAGAGUGGGACCAGUGGCAUAUCAAUUAGCUUUGCCACCUAAAAUGGAGAAAAUACAUGAUGUCUUUAAUGUUUCAAUGCUUUGGAGAUAUAGAUCUGAUCCAUCCCAUAUUGUGACAGUAGAAGAGAUUGAUGUUCAGCCUAACCUGACUUAUGAGGAAGAACCAGUCCAAAUUUUAGCUCACGAGGUAAAGCAACUAAGAAACAAGACUAUUCCAUUGGUCAAAGUAUUGUGGAUGAAUCACAAGCUGGUGUUACUGGGACGUGGAACAAGGGGGUCUACGAGUGGAGCUGGGGUAUUGGCAGCUAUUGUGUGGAGUGAAGAACCAGCUAGGUUGAGGUUCUAG